CAGUCAUGUGUACUUCAAAAUUAAAAUUAGGUUUCAGUUCUAAACAGAUUUAUUUUUUUGUACUUGAAUGGAAAUGGUGCCCGACUGCGUGAUAAUAAUUAGUAAUUAGUUAUGAUUAAUGAGGUGCGUUAAAUUAAGACCCAAAAGAAGGGUCUCAACAAAAAGCAGGGAGGUUGUAGAUAGAGAGCAGCUGCCAGCUGGUGUCGGCUAAAUGGAGAGAGGGUGUGUUCAGUUCAGUUGUACUAUAUUUGUAGACUAGUAGAUUUGCUCUUUUCAGAUAGUUUUGAGUUUUGAGUCUCGAGUCCUGGGGCUGGGUUAACCAGUAUAGUAGUACGAUCUGUGCUAAUACUGUACUAAUACAUAUUAAUCAAUGCUGUGAAGAAAAAGUUGCAGUAGUAUUUUAUUUUAUUUUAUUUUUUAUCUAAAUUUUCCUCUGUCGUCCUCCUUCCCACAUACUGCUCUGUAGGGAAAGAGUGAUAGAAACUGGAAAAGCUAAAGAUUGAAAAGGAACAAAACACGACUUCGUACUCCUGAAAGAAGUGGAUCACGGAUUCGUCUCUCACUUUCUUGACUGCGCCAAAAGGAAGAGGAUCAAAUGAUUCGAUUCUGACAUAAGCUUAGCUCCCUCAGCUCGUAUGAGCUAUGAUAGCUUUAUGAUUAUUGCUGCUCAAAUAGAAUGACUAGUGGAUCUAUGAGGCGGAGGAGGAGGAGGAGGAGAAGGAUAUUCUGAAUCUUUCACAAUGCGCUUUUAUUAGUUUAGGAUUUCGAUUUUUUCCUUUUAAAAUUUUGGAUUGCAGCGGUCCUUUUUAUUGAUUUCAUCAAGUCAAAUUGGAGAAAGAGUCUUGUGAUGGAGUCUCGAAUGGAUCAGUAUGAGAUCAUGGAGCAGAUCGGCCGUGGUGCCUUUGGUGCUGCCAUUCUCGUCCACCACAAGUCUGAGAAGAAGAAAUAUGUUCUGAAGAAGAUCCGUCUUGCCCGACAAACUGAGAGAUGCAGGAGAUCUGCUCAUCAAGAAAUGGCUCUUAUUGCUCGAAUUCAACACCCUUACAUUGUAGAAUUCAAAGAAGCAUGGGUUGAGAAGGGCUGCUACGUUUGUAUUGUCACUGGAUAUUGUGAAGGUGGAGACAUGGCUGAACUAAUGAAAAAAUCAAAUGGUGUCUAUUUCCCUGAGGAGAAACUAUGCAAGUGGUUUACACAAUUACUGUUAGCUGUUGAAUAUCUGCAUGCCAAUUUUGUUCUGCAUCGUGACCUCAAGUGUUCCAACAUCUUCCUUACCAAAGACCAGGAUGUUCGUCUUGGGGAUUUUGGACUUGCAAAAACCUUAAAAGCAGAUGACUUGGCGUCCUCGGUGGUUGGAACUCCCAAUUAUAUGUGCCCUGAACUCCUUGCAGAUAUUCCUUAUGGCUUCAAAUCAGACAUUUGGUCUUUGGGAUGCUGUAUGUAUGAGAUGGCUGCUCAUCGUCCUGCUUUCAAAGCUUUUGACAUGGCAGGAUUGAUAAGCAAGAUAAAUCGUUCAUCAAUUGGCCCUUUGCCUUCCUGUUAUUCUCCAGCCUUGAAGACAUUGAUCAAAGGCAUGCUGAGAAAGAACCCUGAGCAUCGGCCUAGUGCUCCCGAGAUAUUAAAGCAUCCUUACCUGCAGCCCUAUGUUGAUCAAUAUCGUCUGUCCUUCAUUCCCCCAACGAUUUCCCCUGAGAAGCCCAUGUCUAAUAGUCGUGAUUCUCGGAAAAAUAUGGCUGAAAGCCAAAACAGCAAUAGUUCUGGUAGUGAUAAAGAUAGUUUACUUUCAAGUGAGAGAAAUUUCCCAGCAAUGGUCUCAAAUUGUGUGCAUAAAGCCACUGAUACAGAUUUAGCUUCUAUUGGUGAUGAAGAUGUCAAUGAACAGUCCAUGCCAAAUGAAGAAGAAAAUGGCCCAUCUAUAUACAUUGUUAAAAUAGACGAACAUAGGGUUGUGAAAACUUAUCAUGAUGAACAUGGAUCCAACGUUGAAUCAAAACAACCAAAGACCAUUAAAAGCAUUAUGAUGGCCUUAAAAGAAGGGAAAACUAGAGAAAAUGGUUCUCCAAUGAGAGGCAACCGUAUCAAGCCUGGAGGUUUACAAAGAAGUAAUACUGAAGCAUCUCCCAAAGUUGUUAAACCCAAUACCCUUAUUCCUGGUUUGAAGUGUAAUACAGAUGCGCCAACCAUUACACCAUCAAAGGUAGCUUUUGAUUCUGCGAAACGAAUUCAAGGGUCACAUCCUCUGAAGCACCAGUUGCCAAUGAUUGACUCUACUCCAAAGAGUAAACCAAGAUAUGAUGGUAUUCCUCCAUCUGGUCCAUUAAAACAUGUUGAUGAUGGACUUGCUGUAAAGCCAAGACAAAGAACUCCUCCUUCCAAUCUGGUUAGGCGAUGUUCAUUUCCUGGAAGGGUGAGGCAAGUGGUAACUGAUGCUCCAAAUGGCAUCACCAACACUGUGAAGUCAAGUCCAACUGAGACGACCGAAGUACCUGAAAAUACUCAUCAUGUGCUCGAUGUUCACCAUAUACAUUAUUCGAAAGAAUUCAGAGAAGAAUCUCAGAAGGCUGUAGCUGGAGCUUCCAGAGGAAUGCAAACAGAUGGCAGUAAUUCUGUCUCAUCUUUAGUGUCUGUUCAAGCAUUUGAGCUUUGUGAUGAUGCAACAACUCCAUUUGGUGACAUGGUAGAACAGACAAUUCAUGAAGGUGAGGUUGUUACUUGCACUGGGAAAUCAGAAUUAGAUCCGAGCUGCUCACUUACUUCACUUUUGCAUCCCAAGUUAUCUAAAAAUGUAUCAAGGGAGAACCAUGGUUAUGGUUAUAAAUCUGCAGUUCAUUCGGUUGAAACAUCUGUGGCUGACCUUGAUUUUCCAAAGAAUACUACUUCCAGUAAUGGGAAACUGAUUUCAAGUGCAGCUCUGGAUCUAUCAGUUCCCAGUUCUGAAGAGACACCAAUUUGUAAAGAUGAUACCCUUUUAAGUACGCCUAACGUUAGGCCUGAUGCUGUGCUUCAAUCAAAUGCGACAUCUACAUCUACUGGUAAUGACAAGUUCACUGUAAGAGAACUUUUAUCAUCUGUUCCAGAAACUGUUCCUUCCAUUGCCUCAGGAACAUCAAUUACGCAAAAGAUUUGUCAUCCAGAGAAAGGAACUACUUUGCAAAAUCCAACGAUUGAGAAAUCAACUGCUUCGCAUCUCCCUCCUGCUUUUGACGAUGUCAUACAUGUUAUACGGCACAGUAGUUUUCGUGUUGGGAGUGAGCAGCCAGUGAUGGAAAGUGUCGAGAUGGGAGUUCAAAAUGUGGAUGUUGGAAAGCUAUUAAAUGUAGUAAGAGAUGAGUUGGAGAUCAGAAACAUGAGUGCUCCUGUGACUCUCAAAUCCUCAAGUUGCUCAGAAGCUGUGAGUUUGAAAUCAAAUAUUUCAGAUUAUUCUUUGAAGUCAAAUUUUUCGGAUCAUUCUGGCACUAAGGAAGUAGAUACGACAAAUAUGAAUCCUUCUGUUUCAACAUCAGAUACUUCGGAGCAAAGAAAUAUCAAUUCCCUUAUUACAGAAGAGGAAGCACCGGCAAAGGAAACAUUAGAUGUUAAGUCCUUUAGGCAGAGGGCAGAGGCACUUGAAGGGCUUCUCGAAUUGUCGGCUGAAUUGCUAGAGCAAAGCAGAUUGGAAGAGCUUGCUGUCGUGUUGAAACCUUUUGGCAAAGAUAAGGUCUCCCCAAGGGAGACAGCUAUCUGGUUAGCAAAGAGUCUCAAGGGAAUGAUGAUCGAGGAGAGUGGACGGAGUUCAUGAAUCAUGAUAUAUCCAUGAAGUAUACAUAGGAGCAGAUGAAAGAGAGCUUACACAGUAAAGCACGGCCAGAAGUUUGACGUUCCAACCAAGCAUCCACUCAUGAGGAUCUCUUACUAAAGCAAUGGCAAUGACGAAUGACUGAACUGAGUAUGAGUAAUUUGUUAUUUAAAUAUAAAAUUUACAUAUUUUACUUAAUUAUAAUAGUUAUAGAAUUAUAUGUUUAAAGUUAGUAGAAUAAAAUUAUGUAUUUUUUAAA